GCCCAUCCGACGGCCACCACGCGCCCAUCUCCUCAAUAUAAGGUCUUCCUCACCGCUUCAACACAAACCCUAGGUUCCACACUCUACCUCCCCGCCGCCUCCGGACGCAGCCGCCGCAGCCGCAGCCAUGGGCGCGUACAAGUUCGUGUCGGAGCUAUGGAGGAGGAAGCAGUCCGACGUGAUGAGGUUCGUGCAGCGCGUGCGGUGCUGGGAGUACAGGCAGCAGCCGGCCAUCGUGCGCAUCACCAGGCCCACUCGGCCCGACAGGGCACGCCGUCUCGGCUUCAAGGCCAAGCAGGGGUAUGUGGUCUACCGCAUCCGUGUCAGGCGCGGUGGUAGGAAGAGGCCAGUGCCCAAGGGUAUUGUCUAUGGUAAGCCCAAGCACCAGGGUAUUACCCAGCUCAAGUUCCAGCGGAACAAGAGGUCUGUUGCUGAGGAGAGAGCUGGACGCAGGUUGGGAGGACUUCGUGUGCUCAACUCCUACUGGGUGAAUGAGGAUUCCACCUACAAGUACUUUGAGGUCAUCCUUGUGGAUGUUGCACACAAUGCUGUCCGCAAUGACCCAAGGAUCAACUGGCUCUGCAAGCCUGUGCACAAGCACCGUGAGCUCCGUGGUCUCACCUCUGCUGGCAAGAAGUUCCGUGGUCUGCGCGGCAAGGGCACACGCCACCACAAGAACAGGCCGUCAAGGAGAGCUACCUGGAAGCGCAACCAGACCGUCUCCCUCCGCCGCUACCGUUAAGCAUAUGUGCUUUGAUGUUCUGUUGCUGUGGGAUCUGUGCUAUGCAGACCUUGAUAGUAUUUGCUUGCACUGUCAAAUUUUGCUACCUUCGUUAUGAGACUUGUUGAAUCCGCUGCUAGAAUUUUACUUCGGAGCAAUGUCUAAACUAUUUGCUAUUUGCCUGUGUUACCAGACGUCGAAAUGGUUUAGUAAUCUAAUGUUGUGCUCGGGUCCAUCUCUGGAA